UAGUGUGUCCUCCGGCUGUAAUGCACUGCAUCUUUGAGCGUCGCUGCAGCGCUGGACGCGCAGAAUGUCGGUGAUACCGACACACACCUACACUCGGAUACACGCACCUGCCGCAACAGGAAAAAAACUAGUACAUCUUUCCCUUAGAUUCUACACGUUCCAAGGGUUUGACAUCUCACCACACCGUGGUGGGCAAAAUUUUGGAAACAACAGCUCUGCAUUAUGGGACUAGGUAGAAGAAGUGAAGACAAAAUAUGUGAGCUUGGCCUAAAGGGAUUGCAAAACACCUGUGUCCAUCAUUUCUCACUAUUGCUAGAGCAAUGAGUCAGUUGACAGUUUGGUGAAAACAUUCAAUUUUAAAUUCUUUGCACUAAAUUCUGACUAAGAAUGAUCUGCACAUAUUCUGCCAGAGGAAAGACUCAUUAUUUACCCGGCUGUCAGCUGUAUAAGCGACUAUGAGUAAGAAAGACCUUGGGACUUCAACAGACACCACCUAGAAUUAAGCAAAGAGGCUGCCCCAGUUGGAGUGGGAAACAGGGCAAAAUUUCCCCUCACAGCCUGGCCCUCCAGGACUGGUGUCAUUGCUAAUGUAAUGUUUGUCAUGGCAAGUGUGACUGCUGCGGAGGAGUCGGCAAGCGACCCUACCACACCAGUAGUAAAUCCACUGCCAUUUGAACCCUCUACAAACUCCUCAAAUGAACCUAGUCAUAGACAUGACAGCACUUCCUGCCCUCCAGCAGUACCUCCACCUCCGCCUCUACCUCCUCCACCACCACCUCAGGCUCCAGGCCAUCCUCAUGCUUCACGCAAGAAACGACGAGUACGGAGCUUCUUCUGGAAAACCAUUCCUGAAGAGAAGGUUCGGGGAAAACCGAAUAUUUGGACUCUAGCAGUGAGACAGCAGCAGUAUCAAAUUGAUGUGAGGACAGUGGAGGAGCUCUUUGGCCAGCAAGAGGAGGUUCGAACCCAGUCAAGCAGUGGACAUCCUCGUGCUGGAAGAUCCAGAGGUUCAUUUAAAGAGAGCAAGGAUGAGAUCAGCAUCUUAGACUCCAAGAGAGGAAUGAACAUUGGAAUUUUCCUCAAACAGUUCAAGAAGUCCAAUCAUGCAAUAGUAGAAGACAUUCGUCUGGGCAACAGUAAGCAAUAUGGAGCUGAAACACUGAAAGAACUUCUCAAACUUCUACCUGAAGCAGAGGAGGUGAAGAGACUGAAGGAAUUCAAAGGAGACCCAAAUAAGCUGACACUGGUUGAUUCCUUCAUGUUCCUGCUGAUUCAAGUGCCACGCUUUGAUGUGCGUAUUGAGGCCAUGGUACUUCAGGAAGAGUUCCUUCCAUCCUGUACAGUCAUGAGUCGUGAGAUUAACAUUGUGCGUCAGGCUACUGAAGAACUAACUACAUGCCAAUAUACACAUGCCACUCCAAACAUGAAACACCAAGAAUGAAAUAUCAUGAAUGCAGGUGGCUAUGCAGGCAAUGCUGUGGGCUUCAAACUGUCUUCACUUCUCUCUCUGGCUGACACAAAGGCCAACAAGCCUGGCAUGAACCUGCUCCAUUUUGUGGCACUAGAAGCACAGAAAAAGGAUGAGACCCUUUUGAAGUUCCCAGAGAAGCUAACGCAUGUUCAGAGUGCAGUCAGAAUUUCAGUAGAAAAUAUAGAAGGAGAGUUUUCCUCUCUGUAUGUCAAAACGCGUUCCUUGGAACAGAAAAUUCAGGAUGACGCUGAGCUGCAAAAGCAGCUAGAUCCAUUUUUGCAGAGCUCUACACAGGCCCUGCAGGACCUUAAACAUCGCAGGCUGGACUUGCGCAAAGAGGGUAAUGCCCUCAUUGACUUCUUCUGUGAAGACAAAGACACCUUCAAACUGGAUGAGUGCUUUAGAAUUUUCCAAGAUUUCUGCCUAAAGUUCAAAAAAGCUGUAAAGGACAACCAGGACAGGGAACUAAAGGAGGAAGCUAGAAAGCGUCGCUUACGGGAACUGGAGGAGAGACGGUAUGCCUGGGGUGCAGCCAAUACUGAGUCAGGUGGUUUUGGUCGCAGCAGCAGCGAAAAUGAUGUUGACAUCCUAACCAAAGAAGGCCUCCUGGACUUCCUGCUUCAAUCGAGACCUCAAAGCCCCCACAGUCCUUUGGGGCGCUCAGCUAGUGCCCGACGUUACCAUCACACAGAGCUGAUAUCUGGGUCUUCAGCAAGCGACUAUACAAAAUUCAGCAGCCUGCCACGUUCAAGCAGGAACCAUCAACGAAAGACCAUGCCAUGGCUUGUCUUACAGGAUGAUAAUAGGGAGUUGGGUCCACAGAGUCAGGUUUGCCAAGAGAAGCUGGCAACUUCACCAAGGGCUGAGACUGAACCCAUCAGUCCUUUAGCUAGAUACUCAAGUUUUGGCUACAACCUGAACAAUGAUCCGUACAAUAAUAACAAUUACACUUCUCUUUCUGAAGGUGGAGUUACACCUCAAUUAAGUAAUGCAAAGCAUGUCUUCCAGGGGACAUCUGGUCAAAGUGUUGGACACAUGAGUGUUUCAGUGGAGAAACACAAACUAGUUACUGGUCUUCAACCCUUUGAGAUAACCAGCCAGAUCAAUAAUAACAGUCAUGUUUUUGUGAACAACCAGCAUGAAGUGCUUGCAAGAGAUCUGGAAAGGGAAGAAGACUCUCCUAAAGCAUUUGUCCUUGAUACACCCCCAUCUAGCAGGAGUUCUGAGGAACCAGAAAAAGUAUGGAAUGACAAAAGGAUCUCCUCACAGAGGGAGGAAGCAGACACAAGUACCUUUUCCUCAACAACUUGUGACACCCCAUUGCCCCUGGAUCCCUCUGUGUCCAGUAAGAAACCUGUGUUGUAUGUCAUGGACUGCACUGAAACUGAUUGUUCCAUUGUGUUGGACUGUUCUGAGAUAGAGAGUUCUCCUAUCAUAAAAGAAAGAUCUGAACUUAACCCAAAGUCACAGGAUGCCAACUUUCCAAGAGUUAUUCAGGACACCAAUUCCCUUUCCUCCAAUUUUGAGUCCACUGAUUGUCACAUUGUGUCCACGUCAAGUGAUGAACCACUUGCCGGAAGGAUCACUCAAGCAUGUCCAGAAUCAAUCAGUCCAUCUGUAACUACUGAAGAAGCAGAGACAAAUAGCUGUGACACAGCUGAAGGGCGAAGAGUUGGUGAGAAAGCAGUCCAGACUGGUAGCCCCAAAACAACACUUGUCAAAACCAAGACAACAUCCAAAGUAAUUGCUCAUGCCAGCCGUCCGACAAGAACCCUCACAGCAACUGAGACUCAGAACAUGCGCAAAGUAGUGCCCAUUACAAGGCAGAAUCGCUCUAGUAGCAGCAUGAAGAAAGUCGAAAAACCUUCUGGACAUGAGAAUAUUGAACCCAGACGUCCACAUCGUGACCAAAGCAUGCCAGCCAGGAGAGGCGAGAGGCAAGGUAGACCUACGCGACAUUCAAGCCUCCCUCCAGAAGAUCCCAGGGCACAACGAGGAGCGACACCAAGCAGCUCUCGGUGGGCAAGGGACUCGACUCAACACAGACCCUCCAUCAAGAAAACAAAUCCUAAACCUGUUCGUAAAAUUUCAAGACCAGCACCAGAGGAAAAGAUGUGUCGUUCUACAAUGCGUGCCUUGGCCCAAGCUCAGGCCCAAGGAACCUCAGAAGUAGGUACACCUGACAGUCCCAACAAUACCCUGAAAAGUUCUUCAGCUUUGCCUAGCUUUGCUCGCAACACUGUGGCAUCUUCUACCAGAUCUAAAAAAGACAUGCCCUCACCAGCUGUAACAGGAACUCCAUCAAAGAGCUUAGCAAGAGCUAGCUCUCAGAAAUUGCCUGGUGGUAGAACGGACUCUGUCAGUAGCGGAUCUUUGCCAAGGAGCGAGGAUAAACUAGGGGGGUCUAUUAGGAGGGUUCAGAGUGUAAGGGCUUCUAGUCGAAGCAGUUACACACCUCCCCCGCAGUCUGGACGAGAGCACUCCCUUAAAAGUAGCAGUUUCUCUGAGAGAUCCACACAAAUUAGAGACUCCAUCUCGAGCAGGACCAACAAACCCACAUGGAAGUAGAGUGGACAUAUUACACUGUGGCUCUAAAAGCAUCGUUAAACAUGGAUGAUCAAAAUGUUCUGCAUAUACUGAAAUUACUAGAAGCAGAAAAGCUUCUUAAAUUGUUCUGAAUGUAUCUACAGCCUUUAAAAUGUAGCUGAAGUUGUGUCGCUGGAUGCUCAGUAAGAGCUUCAAGAAUAACAUGAGCUACUUUUGACAGCACAUUUAGUAGCACUUCCACAUCCACAAAAGGAUGGUUUUGAUGGCCUUUUUUUCCAUUUAGCGGACAUAUUAUCAACUGUCACAGAAAACACAUCAAUCACGAAUUGUAAUAGUGUUAGAUUAACCCUAUAUUUUAUAAUCUCUAUUAAUUCUACAAAGAUCUUGUGAGCUGUUCUUACAAAUUGCUAAGAACAAAUAAAAUAGAAGAUAAUUUGUCAUAUAUACAUAUGCUUGCUUUGUUAUUUUAUAUAAUGUGUAGUAAAUGUAAAUGUAGUACUGUUUACUAGGGUAAUAUUUCCAUUAUAACAGCUUCAUGAACACUCAAAGAUUCAUCCACAUUUCACAUGUGCAUGAUGACAAAUCAAGCUGAAGACUGUUUGAUGAAUGUCUAUUAAUGUUAUCCAAAUACACCUUAGUGUAGCUGAUGCAAUGAGUACUACAGCUAGUAGUUCGAAGAUGCCUCUCCAGUGAUGUUUUUGGAAAUGUUCAAAAUCUCUGCUGUCGAGUUGCUUGUUUUCAAUUUGCCUUUUAUGCAGGGUACAUGCUGCUGUACACUGUCUUGCUGCUGAUGACACUGUAUUUGUGACUUUUCUGUGAAUAGACUGCUAGUUCUUUCUUUUUAAAGCCAUACUGUUAACCGGGAGUGGCAAAACCUGGUGCUAGAGGAAAGGCUCAGACAUUUGAGAAAGCACACACACUGUAUGCAUCAAAUAUUCUUACAGUAUCUGCUUGAAAUACAGUUGACAGGUAGUCAACGUUGCUCAAAACUAACAAAUCAGUGUUUGAAUAAGUGGAAACACUUUACAAUAAGGUUCUAAACAUUAAUUCAAUAGUUCACAUAAAAUAACAAUUAACAAUAUUGUACCUAAUUAACAUUAAUUAAUGUAUUGUGAAUAAACAUGAAUUAACAAUGAACAAUAGUAUAUUAAUAAAUUAAUAUGAACCUACUGUAGAUUAAUACAUGCUAUAAAAAUUGUUGUUCAUUGUUAGAUUUAAAUACCUAAUGCAUUAACUAAUUAAAACGAAAAGAACUAAAUGGAGUAAUAAACUGAACUACACUGUAAAGUGUUACUGGUUAAGCAUAAUUUAGUGGUGAUUAAUACGGUGGUAAAAGAUGUGCAAUAUUAAGUAUUUGGUGCACAGGAAGGCUUUUUACAUGCUUUUACCCUUCUAUAUGUGUGUCUACUCCUUCUCAAGCACCCACCAUGUUGGUGAGGCAGUGUAUAAAUGAUAUACUCAAAAUAGAAUGGGUGUGUAAGAAAAAAUAAUAAUUAUAAAUACAAAUAAAAAAAAAGUAUGAAUAGGUAAACAAUGAUGAAAGCUGAUGAAAUCAAUACUUAUGUCACACUAUGACGACACAAAAAUCCUUAUUUCUACCUCUAGAAUCAUAUUUGCCACCACUGGUUCUUACAUUCUGAUGGCUCACUCAUCAAGUGAAUCAUUGGCUUUUCACAAAGUUCUGCAGGUGUACCUCAGUUACAAUGUACAAUGCCUUUUUUUUUUUUUUUUUCUUUUUUUUUUUUUUUGUAAGGGUAUAUGUGUUGACAUACUGUAUCUGUAUAUUUAGCGCUGAUUGGUUAACAUGCUUUAGAACGCAUCCAUGGCAACAUGGUCUAGUCUGACACAAUGGAAUCCUUGUUCCAGCUGUAGAUACUGUAGAAGUUUAACCAAAAAAAAAAAAAAAAAAAUUGGAGAAAAUCAUUUUAAGCUAUAGCUUUGAAAUGAAACCUUAUGUGCAUUCGUCCAGUCAGACAGUUGGGCAUAUAUGCCAAUGUGUUGUACCUUUUAUUGAUAUUGCUUGAAUUUUCUAUUUUGAAUGUUAUUUCUGAGCCCUGUUCUCUGUGAUUGUAGAAUUACAAUCAAUAUAAGCUGAUCAAUAAAAUACAUGUGAAAAUAUAUUAAGAAUAUUUCAAUUCACUAAUUGUGAAUUACAGUGAUGUUUAUUUUGUGAAAAGAAAAAAAAAAGGUUAUUAUUUAGCUAUGGAGUGUUUAGCUAUUUAGCCAUCCAUGGUUUGUUUUUGACAAUGGUCACUUUUUUUUUUUUUUUUGAGUUGAACCACACCCAGUGUUUAGUUGUGUGGGUGUGUGAGAAAGAGAAAGGGAGAGAUGCAAAUUAAGCAUGCUAGGCUUGUACAAAAAAAAAAAAAAAAAAAGGGAAAAAAAAGAAAGGACCUCUAAAUCGCCCAGAUAACAGCAAAAGAUAGUACAGAACAAAAAUAUCCCCUUUUUCAUAUGCCCUCUUCUUUACACUUUACCAGCUCUAAAGCUCAGAACCCCACUGUGGCAGGUUAAACCCUCUUUAUGUCAAAUCUUCGUUUUAAACGUUUCCUCUACUAGAAUGCCACCUGCCGGUCAUUUUUUUAAAGAAGCAUAAAAAGUUCUGAUUAAUGCUGGCUUUUCCCACCGCCUGACUUUUAUGGUGGUCUCUCUUGGCUCUAAAGUUGCCAUGGUAAUGGAGUUCCUGUAGAGAACUAUUUACCCUUAAAGGCACUUUCAUUUGUAUCACUCUACAUAUCAAACUACAGCAUAACUAAGUGAAAACACCUCUUUCCAUGGCACUUAAAGGGAUAGUUCACCUUAAAAAAAAGCAUUGAAGAAAUAUUUUUUUGUGUGAACUAUUCCUUUAAUGUAUUUUAUUUACAUGUAAUGUUGGUUUAGACUAUUUAUCAUUGAACACAUUAAACAGAUUUUCCUGUAGCCUACUGAAAGGUUUUAAAGUAGAAUUACACUUUUCUUUUGCAGGUCAUCAGGGGUCUUAUCAAAUAAAUAAAUCGGCCUCGUGGACCUUUCCCGAUCCAACCAACCCACCCACCCCACUCUCUCUUCCACUUGCUUCCUGUCAGAUCUCCACUGUCCCUUCUGAAAGAUCCAGCAUAAACCAUCAUGAAUUCCAUGCUGGUAUAUUGCUGCACAGGCUGGUUUAUGCCGGUAUAGUGCUGGUCUAGCUGGUGGACCAGCAUAUUCAUGCUGUUCUCAAGCAAUAUGGAGCUGGUGAUGCUGGUUCACCGGCAUGGGCUUUGUAGGGUUGAGUGUCAGUAGGCCAUCUGUCUGUAUGGGACAAACAUAGUUUUUGCUUGCAUACAGGUGCAUCUUAA